AGUUAACAUUUGGAUAUUGAAGUGACGGUUGUAGAAAAAUAUUUCAAAAAUGGCAAAACUUACGAUUGUAGUGACGUUGGCCAUCUUGUGCGUCGUUACAUCUAAACCAUUGGAAAGUUAUGAAAACAUAAUGGACGCAGAACUCAGUAUCGCACCAGCUCACAGCGUCCAGAAAAGAUUCAUCAACCCUGCUCUGACGUCGGGCGCCUUCGACGACAGUGGAUUCAGCAAAAUGAGGACUAAGCGAAGCGAGGACGAGUGCGAGAAACUGCAACUAUGCAAGCUUCACGCGCGCUCCAGGCAGAACUUCAUAGCGGCAUUUGAACUCUACUUUGUCAACCGAGAGAACGCGAGGCUCUGGGACCACAGAGCGCGGUCCAUGGCCGAGUGUGAGCAGCGCUUCAACUGCUACGACAGAUGAUGGAAUGCCUGACCUUACUGUAGCUUAUUAUCUAAAUUAUUUUAGUAAUUGGUAAUUAGUUAAGAUAUAUUCACUUUGACAAGUGGCGUGUACUUGGCAAUUCUUUUCGUGGACAUUUUGUAUGACCACGCAACGUAUGAGACCGCAUUCAUACAAACUUCAUACACCCCAUGUCAAUGUGAAUAUCUUUAAUUGAGAUCUGGAAGAUGAUUUUAUUCGAUUUCUAGAUAUUUAAUAAUAAAACAUGAAAUAAAAGACU